CCCUCGAGCGCAUCUGCUUUUUGCUUUUAACGCCCGCCGCCUCGUCGCCGCACCAAGAAAGCACUCAUUAUGGCCCGCAUGCCUUUCGCAAUUGUCGCAUUCGUUUGUGUCCCCCUGGCCCUCCUGCUCCUGCUCGGCUGCCUCGACCAGAACGCGGUCGUUGCGGCCAAGGGCCCCGUCGUCACCAACAUUGUCUACUUUGACAUUAAGCAAGGAGACGAGAGCCUCGGCCGCAUCGAGAUUGGUCUCUAUGGCGCCACGGUUCCCAAGACCGUCGAGAACUUCCGAGCUCUGGCCACCGGCGAGAAGGGCUUUGGCUACAAGGGAUCCAAGUUCCACCGUGUCAUCAAGAACUUUAUGAUCCAGGGCGGCGACUUUACCCGCGGCGACGGUACUGGCGGCAAGUCGAUCUAUGGCAACAAGUUCGCUGAUGAGAACUUCAAGCUCCGCCACACCGGUCCCGGCAUUCUCUCCAUGGCCAAUGCUGGCAAGGACACCAACGGCUCCCAGUUCUUCAUCACCACUGUCUCAACUCCGUGGCUCGACGGCCGCCACGUUGUCUUUGGCAAGAUUCUGAAGGGCAUGGACAUUGUUACCAAGAUCGAGAACACUCCUACCGGCCCCAGCGACCGCCCCAAGACCCCCAUCGAGAUUGCCGACAGCGGCGAGCUCCCUGUUCCCAAGGAGGAGGAGGAGGAGAAGAAGGAGCUCUAGGAGCAUGAUUCGGGCACUCCAAUAUACUUUGGCGCCCUUUGCCGUGGGCUGCGACUUGACUGACA